CAGUAACAUUCAGCGCAGAGCCACACCAUAAGAAUCAAAUAUUCUUCUGGAAGACUGUAGCCAUCAUGUCUAAAAUCACAGUCGCCGGAGUGCGCCAAAAUGUCCAACAGCUUCUGGAUUACUCCCAGAACGAGAAGAAGCGUAACUUUCUCGAGACCGUCGAGCUGCAGAUCGGCCUGAAGAACUAUGAUCCCCAGCGUGACAAGCGUUUCUCCGGCACCAUCCGCCUGCCCAACGUUCCUCGCCCGGGUAUGAGCAUUUGCAUUCUUGGUGACCAGCACGAUCUCGACCGUGCCAAGCACCUCGGAAUCGAGUCCAUGUCCGUCGACGACUUGAAGAAGCUCAACAAGAACAAGAAGCUCAUCAAGAAGCUCGCCCGCAAGUACGACGCCUUUGUCUCGUCUGAAGUUCUGAUGAGACAGAUUCCUCGUAUCCUGGGUCCUGGUCUUUCCCGAGCUGGUAAAUUCCCCACCCCCGUCUCCCACGGCGAGGAUCUCGAGGCCAAGGUCACCGAGGUCAAGUCGACCAUCAAGUUCCAGCUGAAGAAGGUUCUCUGCUUGGGCGUUGCUGUGGGCAACGUUGCCAUGACUGAGGAUGAGCUCAUCUCCAACAUCAUGUUGGCCAUCAACUACCUUGUCUCCUUGCUGAAGAAGGGCUGGCAGAACGUUGGAAGCCUGGUCAUCAAGGCUUCCAUGUCUCCUCCCAAGCGUCUGUACUAGGUUCUGUGCUUUGUUGCAUUUGGAUCGUGGAUGGGAAAAAUGAACUUUUGCGAGGUUGUUUAGGAUUAGCUAGGUCCGCAUGAAUCUGAUGAAUUUCGUCGCAA